AGGUUAGGUUAGGUAACUUUUGACUCGUUGAGUGUGUCAGCAGUGUACUACAUGGUCGCUUCAUGACAACAUAGCCUCCUCUCCUGGGUGUGGUUCACGUGGGAUUUUCUUCUAUUCAUAAUAGUCACACACCAUUCAGUUCUUGUUCUAUUGACAAUUUCAAUUUUUUUUUCAUGGUUUCAAAUUUUGUCUCACAAAAAUCAUUUAAAAUGAAAAAGAGAAGUUUAUCGGGAAAUAUUGGAAUUGGAGUUUUUAUUGUUGGUUUAGUGUGUGUUUGCACUGCAUUUUGUACAUCUGCAUGGUUAGUCAGUGACUAUAGAAUCACAGGCGCGAAACUCAAUCAAUUAGGACUUUGGAGGCAUUGUUUUCGUUCAUUACCAAAUCCAAUUGAACCAGAUGCAUUAAAACGAUUUUUCGUCGGAUGCAGAUGGAUUUAUGAUCCAUUUACUGCUGGUUACUCCGAAAUUCGAGGAUUUUUGUUACCACCAUUCAUGGUAGUAACACAGGUGUUUUUUACUCUCUGUUUUGUAUCGUGCUUUGUUGCAUUUUGUCUCAUUUUACUAUUCGGAUUGUGCAGUUAUCCAGAACAAAAACGUUACGUCGAUUUAAUUUUAUUAAUUGGAUUAAUAUUAUUAGUUGGAGGUGUUUCUGGAGUAUUGGCAGUCAUUGUUUUUGGCAGUCUUGGAAAUGGAGACGGUUGGAUGCCAGGUCAUGAGACAAAUUAUUUUGGAUGGUCAUUUGUUUUGGCUGCUAUUGGCGUAAUACUCAUUCUAAUUGCCGGAUUACUUUUCAUUAUCGAAGGAAAUAUACAACGAAAGAAACGCAAUUAUUUACGAGAAUCUCAAACCAGAUUUCAAUUGGAGUCGAAAUCUUAAGAAGAAGAAUUACGAAAUCAAAUGACAAAGAUUCGAACAAUUUUUUUUUUGAGAGAAAAAUGAAAGAGUCAAAAUAAAUAUUUUUUUUGCGAAGGAAUAAAGAAGAAAAAGGAAGAAUCUAUA